AGGGUAACAGAAGACGUUAUGCUAUUCUUCAAAACUUACCAGUUCCAUAUCUGUAUCUAAAAGCUUCUGUGUAAUCUGGAGAGAGGAAUAGGGUUGGGACUGAUAAAAAGGGACCCAGGACCUUUUGCUGCCAUCAUGAUGAAGUUUUUUGAGUCCAUAAAAAAGAAGGCACAGUUGUCCUCUUCCCCUUCUUUAGACCGAAGUGAGAGCAGCGGCAGCAUCAAGGGUGCAGGGAGUAGCAGCUCCAUCCUCACUCCCGCAAGCGCCCCAGGGUAUUUCAUCCGGCAUAAGGACCUGGGCAAACUUCACAAAGCUGCCUCGGUUGGGGACCUGGCGAAGGUGCAGCAUCACCUGCUGUACAAGAAACACGACCUGGACAAGCGUGAUAAAGAACACAGGACACCUUUGCACCUGGCUUGUGCUAAUGGAUAUCCAGAUGUUGUGUCCCUCUUAGUGGCAGGAAAAUGCAAAUUAAAUAUCCGGGACAGUGAAAGUAGAUCUCCGUUGAUUAAGGCAGUACAAUGUCAGCAGGAAGAAUGUGCAACUAUUCUUCUAGAAAAUAAAGCAGAACCCAAUCUUAUGGAUAUCAACAAAAACACUGCCCUUCACUAUGCUGCUCAUGGGCAUAAUGUGUCAUUAGUGAAUAAAUUGAUUGAACAUAAAGCCAACAUUGAAGCACAAAAUAAGGAUGGGCACACACCACUUUUACUUGCUAUUACUGAAAAUAACCCAGAAAUGGUGGCCACUCUCUUGAAGAGAGGAGCAGAUGUGAAUGCUUCAGAUAAGUUACAGAGAACGGCCCUUAUGCUUGCUGUUGGUGGUGAACCAAUUGGUAUAGUCAAUCUUCUCCUACAACAUGAUGUUGACCUUUCUCGGCAAGAUAUUUAUGGAUUGACAGCUGAGGACUAUGCUACUUGUAGUGGUUAUUCGAUUCAUCAUGAACUAAUUUCUCAAUAUAAAAUUCAGAAGAACCUUAACAAAUCCAUUUUUCCUGAAACGAGCUGUGCAGAGAGGAUUUCUGCUAUUAAAUUUUCUUAAGUGGGCCUGCCACAAUCAAAGGAGGGCAAGGUAACCUUCAACUGCUGAUGAAGCAUAAGAGUAGGAGUUCAAUGGAAGUGUUUUCCUCUAUGGUUUUUAACUUUGAAAUUUCCAAGGUGCUUUCAUAUACAUCAUUUAUUUGCAUAUUCAUUCACUUAAUUUUUUCUGAUGCUCAUUAUAUUAUUCUAUUUAGUAUUUGCCAUUUCAUUUGAUAUCUCGUUUUCAUGGGUUGUCAUAGCCAAAGAAUUAGUGCCUUAGUGGCCUAAUACUUCCUUUAUUGGAAGGACUGAAUAUUUUAAAACAGCACAAAUGUAAAUUCUAAAUUUAAGGAGUCUUCCUUCACAUUCUUUGAGAUUUUUCUUAACUUAAGAGAAUUUUCCAAGUUUUGUGACGAAUUGACCAGAAAAUAGGAAAGAAAUAUUUACUUAAGUUUUUUUUAAGAUAACUUUUGUUCACUCAAGAAUAUAUGUUUUUUAAACUUCUUUGUGAAGAUUAAAAUGCCCCAAAGUCUUCUUUAUUUUUUCAUUAAUAAGUUCCCAUGCAUAAAUCUUUAGAAUGUUAAAUUACAUCAGUAAACUUUCAUUACAUAGUACAUACCUCAAAAGAUGCGAAAAACAGCGAAAAAGUUAAAUGACACUUUAUUUUAUCCUUACCCAUCUAUGUUUAUGUAUAUGUAUACAUAUGUACAUUGACAAACAUGUCAAUGGCUUGACAAUGAUUUCUCUAUAUUAAUUGUAUAUUUGUGUACUUGUAUUUCUGAUAUAUUGAAAUUUGCUUUUAAGAGAAGGCAACUUAGUGUUACUUAUUAAUACUUAUUAAUGAUAGCAUAGAGAUUAAAAUGGGUAAAAUCAUGGACUAGAUAGCAAUAAAACUGGAGAUGAUUUUUUCUGUGACAUUUUAAAUUUACAUGAUGUAAAACUUAAAUUCCCAAGGUUUCUUUAUUAGUUAUGAAUAAGUUUGUUUAUAUUUCCACUAAUAUUUCAGUUUGUAUAUUUGUUUUAAAAUGUCAUGAAUAACAUGUGAAUAAUGUUUUAGGCUCAAGAAAACUAUCCUGAAGAUAGCACAACUGUUGAAGAAUAAAAAUAACUUUCUUGUC